GUUUUGUAGGUUUUUUACAUGAUGCUUGAUAACUAGAGUAAUUUUGGUGCUUCAAAGUUUGCUAGCUGCCGACGUUAUAAUUUUGAUUGAAAACGGUGGCGUAUUGUCAUUUAUUUGUCACUGUCUUCCUGCACGAUCAAAAUCUCAUCCCCUAAAAUGUUGGAUUUAAUUGAUGACGAAGAAAUUUCGUCCACCCACUCAGACACUGACGUUGCGAUAUUGGAAGGAGAGCAUGAAGAGAUUCAACCGCAACUAGACGACAUGAUACAAAAGUCUAACAGUAUGAAUGAGAGACUGAUAUCUCUAAGGGCGAUGUCUGAAAAGUUAAAACAGCAAAUUAAAGAGGAAAAGGUCAAGUGGAGGCAAGAGUUGGCGGAGACUGCAGCAUUGGACAGGAAUCUCAGGGAGGCUCAUAAGAAGGGACCAGAUGGAUAUCAAAUGUUCAGAGACUACCUAUUUUUCGCUGAAACGAGUCGUACCAUUGAUGAGGCGAUGCGAAAGAAGCAUUAUGAGCAGUGGUUGAACGAAAUCGAACACGAAUGCAAUGAUGAGCUAGAGAAGAUCACAAAAAGCAUAACUAGAUUGAAGCCUUUAAAAGACAUUGUGCUGGAAUGGGAUAUGGAAAAGGGCAGUGGAGAUCAUGCUGAUCAGAAGAAGCAAAGAUCAAAACCGACUGAAAGCGAUGAUGAACUAGAGGCGACUAGUAGUAAAAUCACGAUCACUAACAUGCCAGUAGACGAGAAUGAUACAGACAGAACUGAAGAAGACACAAGCAAUGGCGAGGAAAGUACAGACGAAGAUAAGACAGUAAUUAUUAAUUGUUUCUCGAAAAAGUAAAAAGCAGAAGUUACGAUAAAAAUGUCAUUGUUUCUUGAGAGGUUUAUGAAUUCAAAAUUCGUACAUCAGUAUGAGAUGUGACUGAUACGUGUAUGGGCAUAAAUAAAGAAAAUAUUAUUAUUAUAUAUGUAUAUAUCACUCACUAAAUAUAAACCAAAUUUACAAUAAUAA